AUGGCGUCUUCAGUGCUGAGCUUUCUCGAUCGCACCCCAGACGACCCCGUUGCCACUCAGCUCCUUGCCACUCUCGCCAGCAGCAGUACCGCCAGCAGCAGCAGCAGCAGCAGCACAGACAGCAACACAAGCAGCAGCGGCAGCGGCAGCAGCACAGGGGGUGCGAGCAGCCCCCUGGAGGCGGAGAGGAAGGCGUUUCCAGCAGUGAGGGGGCGGGCAGCGUGUGAGUAUGUGAACUUCAAGGCGCUGGGGCUGUCACUGUGUGUGGAGGAGGGGAGGGUGGCGGCCGUGCACGUGUACAGCAACGUGCAUGGGUACAAGGAGUUCGCUGGGACUCUCCCUUUUGGACUCAAAGUGAGCAUGAAAUCCAGGGAGGUGAUGGCAGCGUUGGGGGAGCCGGACACGAAACCAAAGGGGCCCAGCAGUGGAGCUCACAGCCUUUGA